AAGGGGAGGAGCCUCAGUGCUGUAAAAGGAAGUUAAUCUGGAGAAGGGGGUACUAUUGUAGCUGGCACAGAGAGCUGGCACUGACAAGACGUAUACCCACACAGGGUACAUGCUUCUUGGACCACAGUGCCAGGUUACCAGCAAGGUACAAAGGUUUAACUGAGCCAAAUCUUCGCAGCUCCCAGGAGCUUUCUCCGAGGCUGUUAUUGGCGACAGCGGGCAGUGCCAAGUUGGUAUAGAGCUUCCAGCUGAUAGAGACCAUCCAGAGGGCAUUAUCUGUAGCCGCUUUUCUUGGCAGUGACCGUAUAUUACUGAUUACAAGCUACCGUGUCGCUCUGUGGCUAGUGUUUGUCAUCUUCAGGGCUGCCAGUGUGGGAUGCUCCGAUGGCUGUGCCUAUGCUCGGCGCUGUGCGCUCUGACACACGGCUCCUCGGCUCGCUCCCUGGAAUGGUUCACUGCUCUGGUUCGCACCGAGUAUACCGAGCCCCUGACUAACAGCACGGUGACGGGCAGCACGGAGAGCGGCCGCUAUGGGGACAGCUCCCCCAAGGACACGGUGCAAGGCUUAGUGGGAUACCCUCGGGACCCAUGGCAGCUGGAAGGCUGCCACCCCGACACUCAGUAUAUAGUUCCAGGCAUGCCCGCCUCCCCGGCGCCGGACUCGGACUGGAUCGCGCUGAUAGCUCGGGGCGGCUGCACUUUUAAGGAGAAAGUGUUUAACGCAGCGAACAGGGGGGCAUCGGCUGUGGUCAUCUACAAUGAGGCCAAGAGUGGCAAUGCCACCGUGUCCAUGUCACACCUCGAAAGUAUGGAUACUUCAGAAGGAACUGGGAAUACAGUUGUGAUUAUGGUGAGCUAUCCAAAAGGAAUGGAAAUCCUGGAACCCAUGAGAAGAGAUAUACCAGUGAAAAUGGUUAUUACAAUGGGUACCCGUCAUGUCCAGGAAUUCAUCAGUGGGCAGUCAGUGGUAUUUGUUGCCAUUGCAUUUAUCACUAUGAUGAUAAUCUCCUUGGCCUGGCUUAUAUUCUACUACAUUCAGCGGUUCCUGUACACUGGUGCACAGUGUGGCAAUCAGAGCAACAGAAAAGAGACCAAAAAAGCCAUCAGUCAAUUGCAGCUACACAGGGUAAAGAAAGGAGAAAAGGGUAUUGACAUUGAUGCUGAGAACUGUGCGGUGUGCAUUGAAAAUUACAAAACCAAAGACCUUGUUCGCAUUCUGCCAUGCAAGCAUAUUUUCCAUAGGCUUUGUAUAGAUCCAUGGCUCAUUGAACACAGAACAUGUCCUAUGUGUAAACUAGAUGUCAUCAAAGCUCUUGGGUUUUGGGUGGAACCUGAAGAAACUGUGGAUAUCCACGUGCCGGUCUCCAUUGCUGGCAGCAGCCUUUCCAUUGGGACUGUGAGCAUUACCCAAGAGGAGAGCAGGAGUGAAGGAAACAACCUGCCUUCCUCUUCAACAGGCAGCUCCCUACAACAAAGUAACAGUGUCAAGGAAGAUGCUGGGGAAACAACAGCUUUGCUAGAUGACCCAGGCAAUGACAAUACAGCAGGAAUGAACACACAGGACUCUCACUAGCUCCCUGUUUGGAGGACACACCCACUGACUAUUGAAACUAUUAUGUUAAAGGUUUAUUUAACCAUUAGGUCUUAAUUUAAAAUUAAUAAGAACCUAGUCUGUUACAGUUUACAAGAAUGAGGCCCUUUUCUUGUGCAGAUUUAUGUUGACUGUUUUUCCAUCGAAGGUCAAGAUUCCACAAGGGUCUUAUUUGGGGUCAUGUGACGUUUCAUGCCGAAAGGCCCAAACACAGGCGUAAAUGGAUCACAGUGAAUCUUUUUACAUUUUGUUCCCACUUCAUCUCGGUAAAGCAGUCACUCUUUUGUUUUUCUUCCGUUAUUCAUUCUGAAUUGGAACUUCUCUCACUUUACUCAGACCAUAUGAGAAGCAAGAUUUGCGGGCACUUAGUAGAGAAGGGGCAUGGAGAAUGAAAAAGGGAGAUGUCCGAGAUAUCAUCGCUGGAUUUUGCUUUACAGGGAUGCAGUACAUAAUGUUUUCUAUGACUGGAAAUUGUCUCAGGUAUCUGUAUGGCAGCACUUGACAUUCGCUUGUAUCCAGCUCAGGAAUCUGUAUGACAGCAGUGAUGAACAAGUUCAACCUUCGUAAAUAUGGCUCAGGAACCUGUACAAGAGCAGUAAUGAACAAGUUCCUUUCUCUGGGAUCUGGCUCAGGAAUCCAUGUAACAGCACAUUCUAUUUUCUAGGAUAAAACUCAGCAGAAGUUGCACGAUUUCACAGCUUUUAGGAAGAUAUGCAUAAAUAACUGCAAUGGGUUCAAUGUUUACUUCUUCAUUUUACCAAAAGCUGCUGAAUGUCUCCCCCCCCAUUUACAGUAAAAGCACGUAUCCAGACUGAGAGCAAAGAUGUUAAUACAAAGGAUAAAGCACAAAGCUCAAGCAAAUGUAAUGGUUGCUUUGAGUAUCCUUCUGUUUAUCUGCGGUUAUUUUUAAUCUCAUUGUUUGGCCUUGAAUGGUCCUCUUCAUACAGGAAAAGCUCAUAUUUAUACUUCACAUUACCACACUUUAGUUAUACAAAUAAUAUGCAACUGUGAUGCCAUAUUGUAUAACUUAUAGUUGGAUAUUUGUUUUACUUUUAGCUUCACAACUACAAACAGGGAAGCCCCGGAAUCCAGCAUAUGGCUGAACUAAAUUCAGACCCGUAGAGUUACACUAUUAUUAUUACAAAGGUGCAUUUAUAAAGGGGCAACAUAUUUGGCAGGACUUUACAAUAAAUCAUGACUGUACGGCUCUGCACAACUGGGCAUGGCAAUCUUUCGUUUGCAUACAAUGCAAUAUUUUGCCUUCUCUCAAAUGUGAAUAUCCAAAUCUGGUGUGCAUUCUGUUUGGCGUUUGAGCAGAGUCUUUUUGCGGAAGAUUCAGAUGAAUGCAAAAAUUAUGGAUUUGGUGCACCCCAAACUGAUACAAGGUACUUCAUGUAGCUGGAAGCAGGAACUGCUCUUGUGAAACCCAUCAGGCCAUAUCUUGCCUUUCAGUUAAAUGAUUGGACUGCUGUUCUUAGAAGCCUCUCCAUAGCUCAAUCUAUGUUUCCUUGGCAGUUGUACAUGGAUAAUUUAAAUUUUUUAUUUCUACUUCCAAAGUGAAAAAGAUAUUUGGCCUUAAAUUAACUCUUAGUAUGCUGCUGGCAAUAGCAAUAUGAUUAUGUUACAAUUUGAAACAGCCAGAAGGUAAAAAAGAAAUAAAGGAUGGUAGGUAAUUAGCAAAGGAAAAAAAUACAGGUAUGAGACCUGUUAUCCAGAAUGCUCAGGCCCUGGGGGUUUCUGGAUAAGAGGUCCUUUCAUAUCAACAUACCCUGAAUCUAAUAAAAAAAUAAUUUAGACAUUAAAUAAAUCCAAUAGGAUUGUUUUGCCUCUGGUAGGGAUUCAUUAUAUUUUGGACGGGAUCAAGUAUAAAGUGCUGUUUUAUUAUUACAGAAAAGGAAAUCAGUUUUAAUUAUUUCAUUAAAAUGGAGUCUAUGGGAGAUGGCCCGUAAUGCAGGGCAUUCUGGAUAACUGAUCCCAUACCUGUAUAGAGAUAAAUAUUUAUAUGAUUGCACUGGUACAUAACGUAGCAUCAAUAAAAUACAAUGUAGCAAGAGAAUCAAAAAAGUAAAAUCAUUCCGCUAUUGUGUACAGCAUAUGAGUUGAUUUGUAAGAGAGCAUCCCUUUAACGUUAGUUUGUCUUUCACUGACAGAUGGUUACAUUCCAAAGCUUUAUCUCCAAACUCAAGCAAGUUGCUUUUACAUGACUUUACUAUAAAACUAUUAUUUAUGUAUCAAUAAAAUUAUCACUAAUACAAGUGGGACCAAUGAUUCUGUUAUAUUAUUACUGAGUUUAUUUUACCCAAAACAAGAAACCCAUGCAUUAACAGGAGACCCCACAAAUUGUCCAGGGAUUCCCUUAUCAGAAUGGUCAGUUCCCAUUCCAAUCAGAACAACAAUUGUUCUGUUCAUUCACUUCCUGCAGUACAGAUUUUUGCUUUUUGGUUUAAAAGUUACAGACUGGCAGUAUGUUGGCCUUAAAUGAGUUCACCUUUAAAUUAACUUUUAGCUUGAUGUAGAAAUUAAUAUUCUGAAACAAUUUCCAUUUGGUUCUUAUUUGUGCAGUUUUUGCGCUAUUUAGCUUAUUAAACAGCGUUCCAGUUCGGAAUUUCAGCUGCUAUCUGGUUGCUACGGUCCAAAUUACCAUUUAUUUCAGUAAGAGGCUGGAAUAUGGAUUGGGGAGAACCUGAAAAAAAGAUGAGUAAUAAAAAGUAGCAGUAACAAUAAAAUUGUAGCCUUA